AUGGACUCUCGUCGAUCAUCUCGGGAUGCCGUUCUGCUUUCAGAGCCACUUGCCACUGAAGCUACUCACAUCUUACGAGAGAUUACUAUACCUACCAAGGACGAAGCCAAAAGGAUCUUGUCAAUUAUAACCCAAUCUUAUCAGGAUAUUCCAUCCGAUAAAUGGUUAUAUGACGGUAAACCCGAGGCAGAACGAUCUUCGUUACUCUACUUUUUCGGACCGCAAUACGAUGAUACCAUCGAUCUUCACGGCAAAAGUGGCCCUGUUAGCAGUCAAGCAGGCUGUGAGAUCUGGACAAGCAGUGAUCUCAAAAGAGAGAUUCAAAGCGUUAUGGCUUAUAAGUUGCCUCAUAAGGUUUACGAGGCUCAAGAAAUCAGGCACGUCUAUGCCGAAAGAUUGUGGGAAGACCUUCCGGAAGAUAAAGUAAACUGGCUGAGGGAUGAGUCAGGGGAUGCAUCUGAUGAAUUAAGAGCGACCCUCGAGUUCAGUCCUGAAGACUCGGUCGAAGUACAAUUCCUCUUUACGGACCCAUCAAGUCGGAGCCAAGGACAUGGAACAAAGUUGAUCGAGAAGAUGAAAGAGAUCUCAGAGCGGAAUGGGCUUCCCUUCUGGUUGUCUGCUCAUAAUGAUGGUGCCCGAAGUUUUUACGAAGUUAAAGGAGGCUUGAAACGAGGAUCAACAGUAGAACUACCAUUCGGUCAAGGAAAAUCGUCCGACAUGACUGCUUUUACCCACAUUCCCCAACCCGAAAAACAUCUGUAG